UCCCCGGAAGUGCCCCUCAGCCACGGGGUUUCCCGGCCUGCCCACACCACCGCCUUCCUUUCUGGCCGGAAGUCGCUGAGGGAGAAACCGCCGCUCCGCUCCAGCCAUGCCGCCAAAGGACGACAAGAAGAAGAAAGACGCGGGCAAGUCGGCCAAGAAGGACAAGGACCCCGUCAACAAGUCCGGAGGCAAAGCCAAGAAGAAGAAGUGGUCUAAAGGGAAAGUAAGAGACAAGUUGAACAAUCUUGUUCUGUUUGACAAAGCUACUUAUGACAAACUCUGCAAGGAGGUGCCAAACUACAAGCUCAUCACACCAGCAGUGGUCUCCGAAAGGCUGAAGAUUCGAGGUUCCUUGGCUAGAGCUGCACUCCAGGAGCUUCUCAGCAAAGGUCUAAUCAAACUAGUGUCUAAGCACAGAGCCCAGGUCAUCUACACCCGAAACACCAAGGGGGGUGAUGCACCAGCUGCUGGGGAAGAUGCAUGAAAGGUUCUCAGAUGGCUUUUAGACACUCUGUAUAUUCAUAAAAUAAAGUAAUUUGAACUCAUUAAA